GAUCAUCGCACAAUAGUGAAAAUGUCGAUAUAAUAAUCAUGAACAAUCCGUACCUACUCGACGUGCGCAGGCGUUCGAUGAACUUUCCUUCGAAGCCUGCACAGACGCAGCCAGGCGGCAGGCAUUUGCCAGUCUUUGCUUACCCGCUGUAGUCAUCAAACGUGCUGUGUGGAACUUUUUUUAACCAUACAACAAUUUCGCGUGUAGUUUUCUAUAGAAAAUUGCUAAGUACACUUUUUAUUUGAAUUUUUAUAACUCGGUGUGUCAUUUCCAGUGAAUAUUGCAGUGUUUUAGUGUUAUAAAGAGUUAUAGAAACAGUGGAAUGGUAAAUCUAUGUGGAGUACUUGCGAGGGAGCUUAAUAGUCUAAACCGUCAUCACUAAUGUGCGCGGGCGCACGGAUGAGGCGAGGAUGCGCGAGGAGGAGCUGGAGGUGGCGCUCAAGGUGGUGAUAGUGGGCGACGGAGGCGUGGGCAAGUCCAGCAUGAUCCAGCGCUACUGCCGCGGCACCUUCACUAGAGACUACAAGAAGACCAUCGGCGUUGACUUCCUGGAGCGCCAGAUUGAGAUCGACGGCGAGGAGGUGCGGCUGAUGCUGUGGGACACGGCGGGGCAGGAGGAGUUUGACGCGAUCACCAAGGCGUACUACCGCGGCGCGCACGCCUGCGUGCUCGCCUUCUCCACCACGGACCGAGACUCCUUCCUCGCGCUGCAUUCCUGGAAGCUUAAGGUGGAAAAUGAAUGUGGAGAGAUUCCCACGAUUAUAGUUCAGAACAAAAUCGAUUUAAUGGAUCAAUGUGUAGUCGGACCAGAUGAAGCCGAGCUAGUAGCAAGGGCACUGGGCUGUCGACUCAUGCGGGCGUCUGUGAAGGAGGACGUAAACGUGGGCGCGGUGUUCCGAGCACUCGCUGCGCGCUGCCUCGCCGACAUGCGUCGCGAACACUCGACCGACUCGCCGCCGCCCUGUGUGGCGCCCGUCAUAGGUACAUUCACCAACCACAACAGUAACGGCACGAUCCUGCUGCGACCGACCAAGCAUCGGUCCGGCGGCAAGAAGAAAAACGUUCUCAAGAGCGCUUGCCGGAUAUUGUGAACUAUGUUAAUAAAACAAAGACAUUUUGA